AUGAGCGCCCCCACCCCCCUCCCCCCCUCCACCACAACCUUCCUCACCCCCUACCUCCCACACCCCACCGGCGGCCACUACCCCUUCACAACCCUCACCUACGCCACCUCCCUCGACUCGCACCUCUCCCUGCACCCGGGCACACAAACACACCUCUCCGGCCCGCUCUCCAAAUCCCUCACCCACCACCUGCGCACGCACCACGCCGCCCUGCUCAUCGGCGUCACCACCGCCCUCUCCGACGACCCGGGCCUCAACAGCCGCAUCCCCUCCACCCCGCUCUCCGCACAACCAACACCAAUCAUCCUCGACCCGCACUUCCGCUGGUGCCCCACUGCCACCACCCGCGUCAUCCGCACCGCCGCUUCCGGCGCCGGGAAGCCGCCGUAUGUACUUGUGCGCGCGGACGCGCCGGAGCACGCUGAUAAGACGGCUGUCAUCGAGGGUGUUGGCGGGAGGGUGUUCCGCCUGCCGGUCCCGCCGGCGGGUGCAGAGCGAUGGGAGUGGGAUGUGCUGCUGCGGUAUGUGAGAAGGGAGUGUGGGGUUGAGAGCGUGAUGAUCGAGGGCGGCGGGGAGGUGGUGAAUGCGCUGCUGGAGGCGAGGAACCAGAAGUUGGUGGAUAGUGUUGUGGUCACGGUGGCGCCGGUGUAUUUGGGGAGGGGUGGGGUUAAUGUGUCGCCGGUGGGGAGGACGGGGGCGGAGGGGAGGAGGGUCGCGGCGGCGAGGUUUAAGGAUGUGGCGUGGUGUGUGUUGGGGGAUGAUGUGGUGAUGGCGGCGAGGCCGGAUGUGGGUAUUUAG